CUUUCUCAUUUCAUUUUCUCAUUCAUUCGUAACAGACACACCGUGCAUCCAACAGAACAUUGGACCUGCAGAUCUCGCUUCUCAUUCUAAAGCUUCCAUGCAUAUACCCUUACAUUCUUACUCUCAUUUCUCUUCUGCAUCACAACCCUCAAAACUCAUUCAACCAUGCAUUCUAUACCCUCCUCCACCGACAUUGUAAUAGUUGGCAAUGGCCCUGCAGGCAUUGUGUUGUCCUUGUUACUUAGCGGAUACCAGCCAUACUACCACGCUGAACCAUUUAUGCCUCAUCCAGACCCGAUUCUUCAUGGAAUGCUGGCUUCUUCGGCUCUUACAGGAUCAAAACCGAGAUCACUGUUGCAUCAGGACUUGGCUCAGCUCACAAAGCAUAUCCAACAUCAGCUGGCCGAGGCUGGACGUGAUGCUAAUCCGAUCAGCGCCAUGUUUGAUUCUUUGGCACAUCCAAAUUUAGAUACUCAUCGAGGCGAAUACCCAUCAUUCCUUGAGUGGAAACAUCCUAGCAUGAAUAACGACAACAAUAGCAACAGCUCUAUAUCACUAAACACAACUACAGCAAGAUCACACGUGGUAUUGGGUCGUGGAGAUGUAGGUGGCAUCUGGGCCGAUAUGGAUCAUGAUCAUAAUCAGACACUUAGCUACUAUGAACACAUGGAACUGCCAGUUUAUUCCUUUUCAGAGUUUUUGCGUGAUCAUCCAGAACAUGAACAGAACAUUGAGCGACCACUGCGAUCAACAGUGUCUGCAUACUACAAGGCCUAUGUCAAGAAGGUCCCGGGAAUCGAAGCCAACUUUUCAAACUUUACGACCAUCACAGAGAUAUAUCACCUCAAAGAUCUAUAUCGUCAUUGUUGUUGCUUCAUGGAGUCUCAACGGGCUAAGGGCCGACAUUACAAGACCUAUAACCCUAGUCGACAGAAAAGAGCAAUGUCAACAUCAAUAUCUGGCUCAUCAGACGAUCCAUGUCAAACUUGUGCAGGAUAUCGCUAUGUAAUUCUAGGAUACGUCAAAUCCAAUGAAACAGAAAUCCCCAGUGGAGCACCAUCAUCACUAUCGCCAUCAACAACAUCAACAACAAGAACAAAAGCCCAUGGGAAAAGAGUAAGCUUCUUAAUCCGAUCAAAGACUGUUAUUUUGGCAACAGGGACAUUCGAUAAGCCCAAGAAACUACCAGCUGUAGACACCCAUCUUUGUACGCCUCAAUAUAACCCAACAGGGACCAUCCAACAGACAUUUCAUGAUACUCGACAGCUUGAGGAGUGGAUGCUUCGCAACAAUAGCAAUAUCAUAGCAUCGGCCUCUAUUAGCACUCUUAGUUGCAAGACAAUCAUAAUGAACAAUGGGUCCUCUGCUGAAGUCUCGCCACCACUUUCACCAUCACCCAAUUCCUUAGAGUUCCCAUCCUCAACAACAAUAUCCACAGCGGACUCAUCGGAAACAGCGACCAUACCCAUAGCGGAGACGAUAAAGAAACCUACACAAACAUCCUUGCAACGACCGGUUGUGAUUGUCGGGACAGGUUUAUCAGCUGCAGAUGCAAUUCUACUUAUUCGAGAGAAGCAGCCUUGGCGUCGGAUCAUCCACAUCUAUAAACACUACACUGCAUCUGAGCCCUCUCCUUUAAAGCGCUGCCAUCGCGAUGUAUACCCAGAAUAUGCGUCUGUUUGGGUCCGCAUGAGGAAAUCGGCUACUCUCAAGAACUCUGUACAACCUAAUCUGACAUCUCAUAUCAAAGAUGGUAAUGGAAAUGUAAGCUGCGGUUUAUUUGCAACAAAUUCAUCAGCCGAUAUCUGUGCGGAAUGCCAAGUACAAGCGUCACAGAGGCAGAGCAAACCCGAUUGUCCAAUCUAUAUUUCUACUUCCGUAACAUCGCCGCCCCCGCUAUGUUUUGAAUGUGCCUACAAAGGUCUUCCAGAUGCAUCCAUAUCUAGUUUUGAUCCCAUUUCAGAAGAAAUAACCAUAAUUUUGAAUCACGGUGGAGUCAUCAAGGAUCAUGUGGCCGCAGUGGGCGUUUUUAUCGGAAAAGAAGUCCAUAUGGGAUUCUUGAAAGGCUCCCUUGCACAAGAGAUGCUUUCCACAGCGGACCAUCCUAGUGGCUUGAUGAUGGCAAGUCAGCAUGGUGAUCUGUCAAGGGGAAGGCGGGGUAACAAUAAUGGGCUUCAUGGUAGAGCAAUGAGAAGAAGAGGAAGGAGAGGUCGGGUCUCAUCAGGUCAUUCAAGUGAUGAAACCUUGGAUAUUCCAACACCACCAUGCACGCCACCGAGAUCCCCAGUGCUGAGAGCCGUCACUCUGAAAGGAAGGUCAUUCUGGCGGCAACAAGUUCUUCCAGCAGCAGCAGCAGCAGCAGCAGCAGCAGUGCAGGGUCUUGGAUUCAAAUGUCCAUCUGUCCUAGAAACAAAAGAGACAGAACCCGCAGAAGACAUAGACACAAAAGCUAUUAACAUAAAUGGUAGGAUGGGCGAGGUGGUGGACGAGAACGAGACAAAUAGAGAGCAAGACAGGACUGAGAUGAGUAGUGAUUCAGUCAGUAGUAGCGACAGUGAGGAUGAUGAUAAACAGGUUGAUGAAGGUCAAGUGUUGACACUUUUGAGACCACUGGUAUCAGACAUGUACAGUUUCAGAAUCAUCUCUACUGGCGUCCUUUAUGCAGCAAUGGAUCGAUCUUCAUCCACCGUAGAUAUCUCCAUCCCCAGUACCGCUGUUAGCGCCGCUGAUGGAUCUCCUACUACCACCGCUCUGCCAGCAUUCCCUGUGAAAGCGAAGCGAUGUACUCGCCUUCCAUGUUAUCCAAUCCGCCAACCGACAGCUUCUUCUGUCAACAACUCCACGAAUUAUCAUGAAAACAUCAAAGUUAGCGACAACGACAAGGACUCGAGAAGUUUUGAAGAGACAAUAGCAACUGCACAGACCAAAACCGCCACUACUGCUAGGCAAGAGCGACAAAUGACACCUAUUAAAGCCAAUAGUAUGGUGACAGCAGUUACCACUACCAAACCCACCUCUUGCAUAUCGAUGCCUUCUUCCCCAUUGCUUGGAUAUCGAAUCAUAUGCCCAGAUCUCUUGACUCCUCCACCGCUGACUCUUGGUUCUGCAUAUGUGUCCGCAGUCUCUUCGCCUCUGCCACAGGCAAUCCCGUCGAUGAUCAUGUCUACUGAAUCCACUCCCUUGCCAUUACCUGAUGGUGGUGAUGAUAAUAUUAGCAGAAGGGAAUCGUCUACAGAUAUGUCGUCAUCUUCAUCGUCUUCGCCCUCCUCACCCUCGUCAUCGUUAAUAUCGUCCAUGCCACAGUCAGCAUCAUCUUCAACUACAUCAUUAGUAUCCAUGGUACCAGGUCUUAAAAGUUCGACUAUUUUGGGUGGUGCUACUGUAUCUACUAUUGCUGCCACACAGGCAGUUCCAAGCAUUAUAAAUUGUCACUGUGUUGGUACUGAUGCUGAUGAUGGCUCAAGGGCAAGAGCCUGUGACUGUUGCGAUGUACAGACGUUGCAAAAGACUCCUAUUGUUGUUACUUCUUCAACUCCCGCUACUUUUGCUGCAAAGAUGAUGGAGGUGGAUAAAAUAUCUGUAUCAGCACCAGCGCUCGAAAGAGAAGAUGAACAUACAGUCGCUUCAAGGGCAUCCUUGCCAAAGCUGAUGCCACUGGUUGAUCAAUCCAUUUAUGCAGCAGGAGCUAUUACAGGGUCUAAAUUUGUACGCUACGUGCUAGGAAAUGGAGUCGCUAUUAUAGCGGAUAUUCUCAAGAGCGAGGCGUAAAGAAUAAAAAGAAAAAUAGACUAGAGCAAAGGAUUCGAC